ACAGUUCAUUUCAAAAACGUAAACAUUGCCUGGUCGCUUGUUGUGUGGUUUGCGUUACUAGAUGUUCUUGCCAGGUUAUCUAUUUGAUUCUAAUACAUUUGAGUUUCUGUUUGAAUAACUAUUUGAAUAAUAAUAAUUAGGCUUGGUAUACAUCCAAUUUGUACAAUGUCUGCUCAUGAUCUUGUUGACAUAAAGGAAGCAAAAGACGAACUUUCUUUUAAUCGGUCCGUAUAUCCCAAAAUAUGUGCUAAUUGGUUCCAGCAGUCACUUAAAACUGACUUGAAAACAGCAAUGAAAUUCCAAGUCAGCACAGGAAAUGAAUGUAAUGCACUGAAAUCUAGUUAUAGAAAUAGCGAAGAUAUUGAGAAGAUUGGAUUGUGGAGGAAAGUUCCAGUUUUGUACGAGGGAAAAAAUAAGCAGCUAAAACAGAAUGUAAAUCAAAUUUCAGAAGCAAUAGAUGUUAUAAGCAGAAUUAAGGCCACACAACAGUAGUCAUCUAUUUUUAAAUUAAGUAUGCUUACAUGCAGUUCAGUAAUAGCAUUCUUUUAAAUAAGAAUGUAAUAAAUGAAAUGUAUAAAAAAUAUAGAUUACAAACACA